AUGAAAGGGAAGCUCAAAGACUCAUACGAUAACCAUUACGACAUGGACAUUGACGAAAUGGAAAAGCCUCAAUACUUAGAAAGCAUUGAUCAAGAGCUUGAAGAAGAUCAACCACAGACAGGUGCAGUCCAAAAUUACAUUGACGAGCUUUGGGUAUCCCAGCCACAAUUAAUAGAAGAAUCCUUAGAAAAAUUGGAAGCUGAAGAUAAUGAAUACAGAUCUAGGCUAUCACAAAUUUCUGAAAAAGACAAAAGUCAAGCAGAUCAGCUUCUCUUACAAAAACAAUUAUAUGUGGAGCUGAUUGAUUUUUCAUUAAAAUUACACAGGAUUUCAUCAUUUUCUAGCGUAAAAGGAUACAGAAAAACUCUGAGGACGAUUUUGAAGUCUCUGCUGAAUUUUCAAUAUAAAUUAUCCUCACAAAAGAUAAAGCCUAAAAAAUUGUCAAGAAUAGAUGAUAAUUCAGAAAUCAUAUGGGAUUGGAUGGCAGAAUUAGCAAGAGAAUGAAGCACAAGGGUGAACUUGAAAAUCGGUGGAGACAUCAUAGAUCAAACCCUAAAAGAGUCAGAAAAGCUUACAGAGUUUGACAUCCAAGCAUUUUUAGCAAGAGAAACUAGAACAAAUGAUGUCCCUGUACAUAAGCAGACAGUGAAAAAGCCUCAUCACCAUUCCUCAAAGCAUAGAAAGCUUAAAUUUGAUAUUCAUGAAAAAAAUAAAAAAAUCCCAAAAUGAUAAAAUAUGAUAAAAAAUUAUUCAAAAAUCAAAACCAUGAAAAACUUCAAAAUUUCAUGACCCCAAUCGCUACAAAUUUCGAGCCAAGACACAACACCCUCAUCAAAACCCUUUUUGGGCGCAGAGAAGAAGGCAAGACAGAAAAAGUUUAUUUAGAUGUCCCUUUAAUCUAA